AUGACUUUCCAGACAGGAUUAAUGAAUAGAGGCCAGAAGGAGUGCGCUUGCCUCUGCAGCGUGGGCCCUUCGUGGGGAUGCCGGUGUCGCCAGCAGCAAUGGGGCCCAGACUGGGGCCCAACCGAGAAGGUGGCAGCCAACAGCGACCCAGACCUGGACCCAGACCCGGAAAAGGAGCACAUCAAGGCAGACGCGGAGGCGCUCUUCGGUGCUGGAGGUGGGAUAGUGAGUCCUGCGCCAACUCAGCGCUGCUCGCUGCUGGUGGAGAUCUUCGCCUCGCUCCCCGGCACCGACCUGCCCAGCCUGGCCCAGGCCUGCACCUACAGCAUCUGGGGCCGGCGCUGCCGGGAGGAGUAUGGCGUUUGUGAAAACUUGCAGAACCUGGAGAUCAUGGGUAUGUCUUGUCGGGAAGUCUAUGCAAAGCUGCUCCACUCAUACAGACACAUUUUGGGAUUGUGGCAGCCAGAUAUCAGACCCUAUGGAGGACUGCUGAAUGUAAUGGUGGAUGGCUUGUGCAUUAUUGGUUGGAGGUACCUGCCUCCCCAUUACCCCCAUGUGGAUGACCCAAUGCAAAUCAAGCCCUCAUUUAGAAUUCCUGAAAGGAAAUCAGCCGCGGUGGAGUGCGUGUACGGCCACAGAGGGCCCCACAGCGGCCCCAUCCAGAUGCUGAAGGACGAGUUCUCCACCAAGUGCAACCAGACAGAACACCACAGGAUGUCUGGCGGGAGGCAAGAGGAAUUCCGAACGUGGCUGAGAGAAGAAUGGGGGCGGAUGCUGGAGGACAUUUUCCAGGAGCACUGGAAGGAGUUCAUCCUGAUGAAGUUCAUCUAUAAUCAGUAUGACAAUUGCCUGACCUACCACCACAUCUACCUCCUGCCCAGCCACCCAGACGACCUCAUCAGGCCAGGCCUCUUCAAAGGCAACUAUGAUGCCCACGGCCUAGGCACUGUCAUGCUCAGCUUCCAUGGGAAGCAGGCCAGGGCCACGAAGAUCACGGGUGACCCCAACAUCCCUGCCGGGCAGCAGACAAUAGAGAUCAACCUCAUGCACCACAUCCAGCUGCCUGUUGUCCAGAACCUCCACAACUUCAACGAGCUCUCCUGCAGCGUCCUGGAGGUUCAUGAGCAGGUGAGCCUGGAGCAGCAGCAGCAGCACCAAGAAGACAGGACUGGGGACAGCGAGGGCCAUGGCUGGCAGAGCCCUGCCCAGCCCAAUGUUGGGCCACCCACUGAGGUCAGGGAGUCCCGGGCUGCAGCUUUGGAGGAACAGCCUGUCCAGUUUGUCCUGCCUGUGGGCAUGAACUCAUGUAACAAGGAUUACCCCCGAACCUGCAGGGUGUGUUUCUAUAGGAUGGGCCUUCUUGCCCACCAUGGCUUUAUCAACCCCGAGCACAUCCCUGGGGUCUUCAUCCUGUUCGAUGAGGAUCACUUCAGGUUCAUCUGGCUGGAACAGAAAUCCUUCAACAUGUACAGCAGAGUCCAGGCCACCUUCCAGAAUGCAGACGCACCAUCCCCACAGGCCUUUGAGGAGAUGCUCAAGAACAUUCAGUCCCUGACCUCCUGA